AUGGAUCUCGAGACAGACGAGGAUGGCUGGAUCGGCGGCUCAAGCCAGAGCAUCUACGCUCGCAAACCGCAGCCGUCGGCUCAUACGACUCCUCCUCCGAAUGCACCCAAGGGGCCAAAGAAGACCGUGCCAACCACGCCAGGUCGCAAGAAGAAACAAGCAGACGACAACAGGUCUCGCUCUUUGCUAGAGCGUAUGGAUAUGGACCAAUCUCUCCCGAAGACACCUCCCCCCAAAGCGCGAUCAGAUUCUCAGAAUGCGGAUCAUUCCACCACAGCAGCAUCCACUCCUUCGCCAGCCUCCAAUGCUCCCGCCCCCACUUCACCUUUCCGCACCACGCCAUCCCAAGGCAUUCGUAGACCGGGAGCAAAGAUUCCUUCACCCUUGCCACUCACCAGCCCAGCACGCAAGAACGAAUCCGGUCCGUCUCACAACACUCGUACACCUCUCAGUGCUUCCCAUCCUAUUCCAGAGACACCGCUCAAGCUUUCGCAGCGAGGAGGACCUCAGACACCAGCUACCCCUCACUACCCAUCCUACCCCAACUCUGCUCACUCGCAGAGCCGCGAUGGUGACACCUCUCGUGCAAGCGGCCUCGGCAUCGGGCUGACACCACUCAAGACGCCCGUCCCUCUCGCGCCGAGUCCGGACAGUGUUCGCAGUCCACUCAACGAGGCACUCAAUCUACGUGGUCGUGCAGCGGCAAAUACGUCCAUCGGAUCGCCUCUCAAAUCUGGCCGCUCGGACCUGCACGGUGAAUCUCUUGCACUCGGCUCGUCGUCCAGCCAACCAGGUAACGACAACAUGCUCGACCGCCUUCGCGGCACUCGAUCCAGCCUCGGUACCAGUGCCAGCAUGUGGGCACCGAAAUCCGCCGCCACUUCAGAGCCAGACAGCACUGCACCCACCUCGACCACCUCGCACACCAUUGGAUCCGGUUUCAGCUCGAGCAACUUGCUCGGCGUGCAAACCGGUCUCGACCGCAAGCGUCCCAGCCAUCGUCCCAACGGUCUGCAGCUCAGCCUGGGUCAGGAGAUCAGCGUCAUGCAGGAGCUCGAAGAGAAAGCCGAGGAAGAGUACCCCACUUCCAACGUUUCCUCCGCUACGGUUGCGGAUACGUUCAGGAUCGACCUGCCGGAGGAAGACGUUGAGCAUGAGAACGCGGACGAUUGGAAGGGCACUGUUGUUCCGCCGACACCUGCGUUGGGAUGCGAUUCACCGUCCUCGGAUGAAGACCAGUCGUCGUCCAAGCCGCCUUCCCGCAGCCUGGAUGCUUUCGGUUGGGGAUCCUCCGAGACCCGCAAACCAUCGCUCUUCUCCGAUCUUCCCUCCUCGUCUACCUUGGAAGCGAACUGGAGCGGAGACGAUGACGAUGAACGCAAGGACGACGUCGAGGUGUUCCAGGAUAUGCACGAACGUGCCAAAGCCUCGAGCAAGGAUCGUCGUGAUGGCAGUUAUGGGGCGUUGCCACCUCCUCCGAUCAAUUACGGGAAGGAGCGAACGCCGUCCCCGACGCAUAGGUUGUUGGGCAAAUCGCCGAAGAUGGACGGUGAGCAGGGGACGGUGCAAUUGCCGACGACGAGGGCGAAUGGCAGUGAGGUGGAGGGGAGGUUGAACGGGCAGCGCGGGUCGCCUGCGUCUACCACGAGGUCGAUGUUGGCGUCCGAGUCGGACGGUGAUGCGGACGUGGAGAAUGACAGACCGAAACGAGAUCGGAAGAAGAAGGGUGCGGGUGACACGGAGGCCAAAGAGGGGGAGAAAGCGUUGGAGAAGAGCCGAUCGUUGAAGAGGGACAAGUCGGAACGAAUUCGGGGGAGGAGAGCGAGUCAGAGCAAAGAGAAGGAUGUGGAUAAGGCCAAAGUUUUGCUUCCGAGUACGACGUUCAAGCCCGCGGAAGAGUUGGCAGGUGCGGUGGAGAAGGUGAAGUUGGAAGAGGACAAGGUUGCAACGGCGACGGGGGUGGGGAUGGUGGAGGGGGGAGCGCAGCAGACACCCGUGGCUCAGAGGGUGCAGUCCAUCCCAGCGGUGAAGGAUGAUCUGUUCUCGUCGCCUGCCGAACCGAGGGUGGAGUUGCCGACGAGCACCUCACCGGAAGAAGGAGGAUCGGUGGGUGCGACACCGGAACCUCCGACGCAGCCGAAGUUCGACUGGGCAGCAGACGACGAUGAGCUGGACGACGAAUUGCCAGAUCUCGACGAUUGGGGGGUCACACUUUCCCCUUCCAAGCCUAGUACGGAGACUUUCAAGCAGCAAGGAGUUGCGGACAAGGGCAGUGCGGAGACGGGUCGGGAGGGGGUUUGGAGGAGAGGGGAUAAGGGUCGGAAGCAGGCAGAUGGCGGAAAAGCGGGAUCUGCGAAGGGUGAUCCGUUGGGGAUUCGGAUUGCAGGCAGAGCAGCAGGUGUGGAACCGCAGAUGGGCGCGAUGCCACCUGCAAGCACGCCGUAUGGAAGGUGGAAUAAGGCAAAGGAAGGGUCGGCGGUGAAGAAGGAGGAGUCGAGGGGUGCGAGGGUGGAGAGGGGAAAGCGGUCUGGUUUGGGUUCGGCUGAGAAGAGCAUGCAUGCACCAACGGCUGGAGCGGAUUCAGCGGGGACAAAGGGCAGGAUCGCGACCGGCGCGAAGAAGAAGCCUCAUAGUGGGAAGAAGUAG